CAAGCGCCAGCAGUGCGCGUGUCGCAUAAAUCGCAUGAACGGAAAAGUGUCAUGAGAUAUAUGGGACAGCGCGGAAGGGAAGAGGUGUAGAAAGUGUAAGGAAAAUACGUAAAGAGGAUUGUUAUGCGGGGUAAUGUGGGGAAGUACAGUGAUGGGUCGAAAAGCUCAUGGGAUUGAGCGGGCGAGACAGCUGGAGGUGGCGAAUGGGAGACAGUGUCCAGCUCAGUGGGGACAGGAGCGGCUGGUUAGGUCGACAUGCAGAAGAGUGAGGGAGGUAAGGGGCCGGAUUCAGGGGGACAGCGAGGAGGCGUAAUCAUUAGUGCAGGUAAAAAGGCUAACCUCGAGGGAGUGCGGGACCUGGGUGACGGAGUGCCUUCGGCUAGGAGUAGCGUAAAGGAGCUUGUUCGUCGUAUGUCAGCUACUCUGUUUGUUCUCUCGUAACAUUGGGAAGGUUGUAUGGCUCUUGCUACCCUCCCAACCCCACAGUUCUCUCGGCUCCUCGCACACUCUUCCCUCCCUUAUCUCACUCGCCACAAGCCACGGCCAACCUUCUCCCCCUCAGCCCGCUCGUUCGUCCUCUCAACUUCCUCCCAAUACCUCCACCUAGAUCAUCAUAAUUCUCAGCAGCAGCAGGGGGGGGAUUCAUCUUCCAAGGUGCAUGUGCAUGUGUCGGGACGCAAGGCUGCUUUUGUGCUCGCUCCCAAGCACCUGCCUGGCUUGCAUGAGCCUUCCGUGCAUGCUGCUGCUGCUGCUUCUGCUGCUGCUUCUGCUGCUGCUGCUGCUGCUGCUGCUGAGUGUUGCACCUCCAAACUUGCAGGCAACAGGAAGAAUACUGGUGGGAUGGCUGCUGCUGCUGCUGCUGCUGCCGCCGCUACUGCUACCAAUGCUGCUCGUUCUGGCAUCGCUGCUGGUACCAGUCCUAGUGGUGGUGGUGGUGAGAGCGGUGCAGCAGCGAACACGGCAUCAGGUGCAAUAGCCAGGCCCAGCAACAGCUCCACCUGUGCAGCAGAGCCGAGAGCAGGGGCAGGCACAGGGACCGACGCAGAGCUUGACACAAGCACAGUGGCAGGAGCAGGGAUGGAACCAGGGGUUGAACCAGGAGCAGGGAUACAAGCAGGACCCUCCAGCAGCAGCCUGCACGGCAAACCCCUGUCAUCAGGUCGUGCCUCAUUGGCAUCCUCUGCCUCUCCCCCUCCAUCCCUCUCCGCUACUCCACUCGUGGCCAUCGGGCCUGACGGCAGGGGAGGAGUGCAACGGGUGCUCAAGCCAAGUGGCAGCGAGCCUUCACGAGCCACACCAUCAGCCAAGCGCAAGCCAGUGAAAGCCAGGCCACACACAGCACCAAGAGCAAAGGAGAUGUACCGCAUCGAUGGCUAUUUCAGCCGGCAGCAGUGACGGGCAGCUUAAUGAUCUCAUGAGCAGAAAUAAGCAAGUGGUAGCGCCAGAUGAACGGCUCACUAGGUGUAUGCUGUGGUUGUAGGGAUGUCUAAGUCUCGAGACGCUUCUGCCUUGGGCAAUGCUUUCUGCAAGCUGACUUUCACGUGUUAACAGUGGCUGGCCUGGAUUCAAGAGCUGGCUGGUGUGUCCGCAAAAGCAGGCAAGGAAUGUAGAGUCAACUUAUACAGUCAUACCGUAAUCCCCCGUAUAAAGCACCCUAUGGUGU